UAUUCAUACCGGAAUACACUUAAGACGCUUUGUUAGCUUCGAAUAAAGUUGUGUUGCCCGCGAAGUUUCAUUCAUCAGUACUUCAUACACUCCUACACACAGCUGUUGCGAUGAACGUCUAAAUGUAUCUCCUUUCAAUAUUCAACAAAGCUAUUAAACUUGAAGAUGAAGUAAAUCAUUUUCGUUAUGCGAUAGAUACUAGAUUGGAUGCUACGAAGAUGGGAACCUUUGUCUCUGGUGAAGGGGGGGGGGGGAUGCCACUGACAAACAUACGUGAAAAUUGGUCUAGAUGUUUUCUAUGUGCGCGCAUAGGGGGUCUUAUAUGUGUAAUUCAGGAGAUUCAGGGGACUGGGACACAAACCCACCAAUUUUUCGGAAACAAUGGUUAAGUUCAUAUUUGUAUCUCUCAUAUUUGUCGACAAGUACCCCUUACCUAUUUCUGAAGAGCGCCCUACAUUUUUCAUGCUUUACCAAAUACUAGAGUAGAUGCAUUUGACAUCCGAAAGCUCUUUGCACUCUUUGCCAAAAAUAUGUUAAUAUUGAAGUCCACGAUGUGUUAGUUUUGUUGAAAAAUGACUAUUAUGUUUAUUUGAAAUAUGAGCUUGGAAUUUAUUCAAAACAUCUCAAGUGAUUUUAGGAUCCUAAAUUAGGGCAUUUUAGCUUGCUUCAAGGAAAGAAGUUUUUUUCCAAAAAUUUCACUUCCCAAAUUUCCAAAAAACUUUGGCAUUCUUUUAUUUUUAGAAGAAAAUUUUUGUUUCCGUUUGUUCUUUAAAUUUGAAAAUCCUGAUUUCAAAAAUACUGAUUUUGUCAAAAAAUUCAGUAUCUUUAAAGAGUUAUUGAGAAUCGCCGACAAACCAAUUUAAGAAAACGUGAAAAAGGAAAUUCCUUGAGUUUAGGACCGUUGCUCUCUUUUCGAUAGUUCUCAACCUCUUUUUAUAGUUGAAAGACCUUUAUAGCCUUGCUACAAAUUAAGAUAUAACAAGAAGAUAUAACAAAAUAAUUCACUCUCCAGAAACAUGUUUACGAUAAAUUUGAACGAAAAGGGUAAUAGUAAAAUUUGAUACUACUUUAUCAAAAUUAGGUGUAAUGGAACAUUAGCUAGUGGGCGCAUUAAGAGACCUCUGAAAAACUUCACCUUUAACAAAAAUAUGCAGAUGCUGAAUUAAAGAGGCUAAAAAAUACAGUAUUAAGCUAAUAGGUAACCCACAUUUGAAAUUUGUGAGCUAGAUAUUUUUUCUGAUCUGUUUACAUCUUGCAAAAGAGUUGAUCAUGUCUCUUAUCUGAUUUUCAUAACAGGUUUUAAUCUCAUGGCAGUAAAUUUAAGAGAGGGGUGGGGUGACCAACAUUCUGAAAGCGAAAAGAAAUGUAACUCAUUUAAGGGUUUGAAGUACAUUUUACCGCCUCUACCUCUACAGGGGGGUGUCCUUUGUUGUACAGGCCGUACGUUGGAAGGGGGCUUUGCUGUACAGGCCACGCCCAAAACCACACACACCGUCACUCUCAAUAUAGUUGUGUUUGUGUUAAAGUUUCUCCAUUGUGUACAUGAAACUAUUCAAAUUGUUAACUGACGUAGAACUACUUAUAGGAAAUUCCUUAUUCACGGAAAGUCAACAAUAUAGUUAAAAUUGCCAAGUAAGGAAUUCCUCCAACUAAACAAAAACUGGCUUGCGAAGAGAGGGCUGAGCCCCAAGAGUCCCCCCUCAUGGCACCCCUGCUUUUUCUGCAGAGUCUUUCUAUGAGCACAAGCUAACCUUUUGUUAAUGUAAUGCUUCUUGGACUUUUUCUUGCUUAGUUAGAUACUUCAAUUGUAUACUGGAUUGGUAAGGGAUAUAUUGCAGAUUUUGGUCAAAAUAUUAUUUAUACUUCCUGUAGUUCGGUAUCGGUUCAAAAUAAUAAGAAUUUUGUACUAAAUGUCAUAUUUUUCACGUGCCAUAUCUGAAUCAACUUAUUUUCGCCAUUCGUUGGUAUGCUAAGAUUAUUACAUUUUAAUGUUUAUAGCAAAUCAAGUAGAAUUAAAUGUCGUACUACUCGGUGAUUCGGUUGUGUUCUUUCUGGCUACAUUCUUUUCCUUAUGUUAGAAUAUUGUUUAUAAGAAUAUUAGGGUCCAGAAUCAUCCAUUUUUUUAGAAUAUCAUAAAAAUAUUGCUCAAUCUCGGCUUCCAUUUUUGUCCUUCAUUCUUCAGCUGCCUGUUUUGUGAUUUUGAUGACAGAGAAUUGCAUGACUCGCAUAUCUCAUUUUCUUCAUAAACCGUGGUUUCUAUGCGGGUAUGAGCGACGUUACCCUGAAACCAAAUCAGAUUUGAAAAAAAUAAUACUUUGAAAAUUUGUUCAGGCUAAAAACGAACAUUUCUUAAGAUUAUCGAGGCUGGAAAAUGUUUAUAGUAUUCUUAUAAAAAUAUGUGUAUACACUUUUUUAUAAGAACACUUGGCUCCAGAACACCUGGUGCUUCUUACUUGUUCAUAUAAAUUUAGCCUAUCUCUUUGUGUUUUGUUGAAUUUCAGCUUGCCUUGUUUGUUAUGGUGUCCUUAAUUUUCAGGCAAAUCUCAGCCUGAUUUUUUUAUAAGAGUUGUUCUCUGUUGCUAUUUUCAUAGAAUACGACGAAGGCUUUAUUUUACUUGUUUAUAAAAAUUGUUUUAUGGAUGACUAAAUUACUUGGAAUUGAUGGAUGAAACAAGUAAACAACUCAUAUUUAUGGGAAGUGUUAUCAUUGAAAUUGCAUACGCUUAAUUCCUACCGUCCAUUAUUAUAGACUUACCUCUGAACCAAUUUCGAAAGUUUUAAAAUGCAUGAUAUGAUAUGAAUAAAAUUACACCCCAAUUCAAUUACACGGAAAUGCUUCUUUUACAAUCACCAAUAUUGUGUUACUUGAUGUUAUUUUCACGAAAUCCCGCAACAAAGUUUUACGAGGAAGUGGAUGGAAAUGAGAUGAAUGCUCAAUGGUGUCGAGAAACGGACGCGUAUUGCAAAUAUAAUAACAUUUAAUAGUAAUAACUUCAUAGACUUGUGUGUAUUUUGUAUUGAAAAAAGACAAGAGGUUUACCGUUUGUGGCUUGGUUGACCGUUAUACAAACUUAACUGUUAUGAUUUCGAUGCAUUAGUCUAUCACUGCGGCCUAAAUCGAGAAUCUGCUCAUGAGAUUGUUUUUACACGAAUCGUUGACUGAUUGUUACGAGCAGGCCCUUUAUUUUGGUGCUGCCUUUUCGUUCAACUUAUUCGCAGCUGGGUCCAUGAGAAAGGCUGGUGUGAAUGGAAGUUAAGUAUUUAUUUUGGACCAACUCGAGAUCUGCUAAUUGACAGUUUGCAAAGCAGAGAUUGUUAUGUAGUAAAGUAUCAUUUGUAAGCUCGCCAAUAUUUGUGGCAUCGAACUAACUGCUGCUUCACUGUCAUGGAUAUAAAAUGGAAUUGGCAUCCCAUUUUGGGCCUAGUCCUGUUAACCCUGAGCUGUAUUGUGAAUGUUACCAAUGGAAUAGAAGUUCCUGUUUCAUUGCCUGAGCUUGAACAUUGGAGGAUAGUCAAAAAUGGCACUGAUGCUUCAAUUCGCAAUAAUUGGAACCUAAAGACAGAUAAGACUGGGUUCACUGCUUGUGAAACAAGUAAUGGUGUCAUAGAUGGUAAUGUUAUAACACCAUCUAUCACUACAAAUCCAGCGAAGGAGAUAACCCUCAGAGUUACUUAUACUUUGAAUUGCUGUUUAGCCAAAUUGUCCAUUGGUGUCUAUGUCCUUUUGGGCUCAGGUGAAAUAUCUGCGCCAAGUGCUCAAAGCUUCAAGUACAUUUCUGCUUUGAAGAAUACCUCAUCAAUGAUUCCCGCAUCUAGCGCACAGUUUACAUCAGCUAUAACCAUUGGAAUGGAAGGAAAGACUGGACUUUUUAUUGCUUUCAGAGAUCAAGGAAUUUGUGGAACCCUUGAUUCAUUUCAACUCAGUUACAUUGAAUGUCCAAGCGAAGCUGGGGAAUUAAUGUCAUUUCCAUCUAAAAAUGCAGCUCCAAAUAGCACAGUUUCAGUCCUAAAGGUGCUUGGAACAUGUGUUUCCAAUGCUGAUGUCCAAAUUUCAGAAGCAGCUAAUUAUAUGUUUUGUUAUACAAAUGGUUCCACCAAGGUAAAUGGUGGCUGUCGUUGCAUAGCUGGAUAUGAAAAUCAUUCCUUUACCAGUUGUAAUGAAUGUCCCGCAAAGAGUUUCAAAAGUGCUGCUGGCAACUUUAAUUGCACCAGAUGUGGUGCAAAUGUUGAGGACGGACUGAAGCCCAGGACAACACCUUGUAAAUGCAACAAUGGAUAUUACAGGCCACUUCGAUCUAAAAGUGUUCCAACUGUCGACUGUGAAGCGCCACCAUCUGCUCCAAAUGUCGUUAGGGCAAAACAGAUUGGGUCAAAGUGGAUCUUAUUAGAAUGGACGGUUCCCAUGGACCAGGGGACUGGAGGCAAACUGAGUUACACGAUAAAAGCAAGCUGUACUAAAUGUAAAAUUCCACCUGACUUUACAACAUCUAACCUUCUUUUCAAUGUCACCGGGCUGAGCGCCUACACACGAUAUGACGUCAGAGUUUAUUCCAUCAACAAUGUCACUGCUGCCAUCGGCUUCGACAAGGCUAUGUACAACAGCACUUCAGUUUUGACUAGAUCAGGAUUGCCUUCGGAGGUUCAGAAUCUUACUAAAAGGACAAACUCUGAUGCAUCAGUGACAAUUUUCUGGAACGAGCCAUUGACAAAGGGUGGUGAUGAUCUGCGAUAUUUUGUCACUGUUAAUGGCGAAAAAGGAAUGUUUACCACCAAGCUGAAAUACACUGUUAAGCAAGAGCAAGAAACAAAGAAGUACACUGUGUCUGUAAAGUCACACACGAGCGCUGGAUUUUCCAAAGAAGAAGUUAUCGUAUUUGAAAUUAAAGGAAAAGGUAUUUCACUGACUUUGGUCAUUGCUGUCGUAGUCACAUUGUUUGUCUUAAUCUUGAUUGCUGGCGCUUUCGUUGUAUAUUUCUACCGAAGGCGACAUCCAAAGCAUCUUCAACCUGUUCGACUUGAAAACGGGGAAGUGAUUCUCCCAAGUGGAAAAGGCGUUCAGGUUUAUAUUGAUCCGACGACAUAUCAAGAUUUGGAGGACGCUGUGCAGCAGUUUGCUAACGAAUUAGACCGAAGCUGGAUCAAGCUAGAUCGUCUGAUUGGUGGAGGUGAAUUUGGUGAUGUGUACAAAGGAACUAUGGAAAAACCCUCUGAAAAAGCACAAAUUGUCGCCGUCAAGACACUCAAGUCAAAUGCAAAUAAGAAAGCAAGAGAUGACUUUUUGGGAGAGGCAAUGUAUAUGGGACAAUUUGAUGACCCAAAUGUCAUAAAUCUCGAGGGUGUGGUCGUUAAAGACCGUCCCAUAUUGAUUGUCAUCGAAUUCAUGAGCAAUGGAUCGCUUGACUCCUUUCUACAAGAAAACGAUGGUAAAUUUACUCCACUCCAGUUACUAGGAAUGGCCCGGGGUGUGGCGUCUGGAAUGAAGUAUCUUUCUGAAAUGAGCUACAUCCACAGGGAUUUGGCAGCCAGGAAUAUUUUAGUAAAUGAUGACAUGGUUUGCAAGGUUGCUGAUUUUGGAAUGAGCAGAGAAUUGAGCGAGGAAGAUACAUAUAACACAACGGGUGGCAAGAUCCCUGUUCGAUGGACAGCACCGGAAGCAAUCCAGUUUAAGAAAUUCACCAUUGCCUCGGAUGUUUGGAGUUAUGGUAUCCUGCUUUGGGAGAUAAUGUCAUACGGAGAAAGGCCAUAUUGGGACUGGGGCAAUUAUGAGGUGCUUGAACGUCUUGCUUCUGGCUACAGACUUCCUCCACCAAUGAGCUGCCCUAAAGUUGUGCACGAUCUUAUGUUAUCUUGCUGGCACAAAGAUCGCGUUAAAAGACCAAAAUUUAAGGACAUUCGUGGCACGAUUGAUAAGUGGAUCCGGAGUCCCGAGUUGUUGAAACACGAGGAAUCGGUUGUGACAAGGCGUGACACUAAUUUGGAUUACGCGUCAAUGAAGACCUUAAAAGAAUGGCUUGAUUCGAUUGGGAUGUCACGAUACAUCGAGAACUUCACUGAAAAGGGCCUAGUCACACCCCGCCAGAUCUUAGAGCUCACGGAUCCAGAUCUGAAAGAUAUAGGAAUUGAAGCUGUUGGCCACCGAAACAAAAUUAUGAAGAACAUAAAUUUGACGAAAGGCCAGUUGAUUAGAACAAAAUCCAUGGCAAUCUAAGCGCUGUGAGGGUGGUAAGAUCCCUGUCAAAUGGACAGCACCAGAAGCAGUCCAACUAAAGAAAUUCACUAUUGCUUCGGAUGUUUGGAGUUAUAGAAUCCUGCUUUGGGAGGUAAUGUGUUACGGAGAAAGGCCAUAUUGGAACUGGGGCAAUAAUGAGGUACUUGAACGUCUGACUUCUGGCUUCAGACUCCCUCCGCCAUGAGCUGCCCUAAAGUUGUGCACGAUCUUAUGUUAUCUUGCUGGCACAAAGAUCGCGUUAGAAGACCCAAAUUUAAGGACAUUCGUGGCACGAUUGAUAAGUGGAUCCGCAGUCCGGAGUUGCUGAAACUCGAGGAAUCGGCUGUGUUACGGCGGUACGUUACAAUGUAUCUCCUUUCAAUAUUCAACAAAGCCAUUAAACUUGAAGAUGAAGUAAAUCAUUUUCGUUAUGCGAUACUUACUAGAUUGGAUGCUACAGUAACCUUUGUAUCUGGUGAAGGGGGGGGGAUGCCACUGACAAACAUACGUAAAUAUUGGUCUAGAUGUUUUCUAUGUGCGCGCAUAGGGGUCUUAUAUGUGUAAUUCAGGAGAUUCAGGGGACUGGGACACAAACCCACCAAUUUUUCGGAAACAAUGGUUAGGUUUAUAUUUGCAUCUCUCAUAUUUGUCGACAAGUACCCCUUACCUACUUCUGAAGAGCGCCCUACAUUUUUCAUGCUUUACCAAAUACUAGAGUAAAUGCAUUUGACAUCCGAAAGCUCUUUGCACUCUUUGCCAAAAAUAUGUUAAUAUUGGAGUCCACGAUGUGCUAGUUUUGUUGAAAAAUGACUAGUAUGUUUAUUUAAAAUAUGAGCUUGGAAUUUAUUCAAAACAUCUCAAGUGAUGUUAGGAUCCUAAAUUAGGGCAUUUUAGCUUACUUCAAGGAAAGAAGUUUUUUUCCAAAAAUUUCACGUCCCAAAUUUCCAAAAAUCUUUGGCAUUCUUUUGUUUUUAGAAGAAAAUUUUUAUUUCCGUUUGUUCUUUAAAUUUGAAAAUCCUGAUUUCAAAAAUACUGAUUUUGUCAAAAAAUCAGUAUCUUUAAAGAAUUAAUGAGAAUCGCCGACAAACCAAUUUAAGAAAACGUGAAAAAGGAAAUUUCUUGAGUUUAGGACCGUUGCUCUCUUUUCGAUAGUUCUCAACCCAUUUUUAUAGUUGAAAGACCUUUAUAGCUUUGCUCACUUUUUCAUUAGAACUGAUAAUAUAUAAGUACAAGAAAUUAAACAAAAAAAUUUACUCUCCAGAAACAUCUCUAAAAUAAAUUUUAACGAAAAGGGUAAUAGUAAAAUUUGACACUACUUUAUCAAAAUUGGGUGUAAUGGAACAUUAGCUGGUGGGCGCAUUAAGAGACCUCUGAAAACUUUCACCUUUAACAAAAAUAUGCAGAUGCUGAAUUAAAGAGGCUAAAAAUACAGUAUUAAGCUAAUAGGUACCCCACAUUUGAAAUUUGUAAGCUAGAUAUUUUUUCUGAUCUGUUUACAUCUUACAAAAGAGUUGAUCAUGUCUCUUAUCUGAUUUUCAUAACAGGUUUUAAUCUCAUGGCAGAAAAUUUAAGGGGUGGGGUGACCAACAUUCUAAAAGCCAAAAGAAAUGUAACUCAUUCAAGGGUUUGAAGUACAUUUUACCGCCUCUACCUUUACAGGGGGGUGUCCUUUGUUGUACAGGCCGUACGUUGGAAGGGGGCUUUGCUGUACAGGCCACGCCCAAAACCACACAUACCGUGUGUUUGUAUUAAAGUUUCUCCAUUGUGUAUAUGAAACCAUUCAAAUUGUUAACUGACGUAGAACUACUUAUAGGAAAUUCCUUAUUCACGGAAAGUCAAGAGCAUAGUUAAAAUUUCCAAGUAAAGAAUUCCUCCAACUAAACAAAAACUGGCUUGCGAAGAGAGGGCUGAGCCCCAAGAGUCCCCCUUCACGGCACCCCUGCUUUUUCUGUAGAGUCUUUUUAUGAGCAUAUACCUAUUGUUAAUGUAAUGCUUCUUGGACUUUUUCUUUCUUAGUCCGAUAUUUCAACUGUUAUAUUGGAUUGGUAAGGGAUAUAUUGCAAAUACUGUUAAAAAACAUUCCUUGUACUUCCUGCAGUUCGGUAUCGGUUCAAAAUAAUAAGAAUUUUAUACUAAAUGUCAUAUUUUUCACGUGCCAUAUCUGAUUUAACUGAUUUUCGCCACUUGUUAGUAUGAUAAUACUAUUACAUUUUUAUUUUUAUAUCAAAUCAAGUAGAAUUAAAUGUCGUACUACUCGGUGAUUCGGUUGUGUUCUUUCUGGCUACAUUCUUUUCCUUAUGUUAGAAUAUUGUUUAUAAGAAUAUUAGGGUUCAGAAUCAUACAAUUUUUUAGAAUAUCAUAAAAAUAUUGCUCAAUCUCGGCUCCCAUUUUUGUCCUUCAUUCUUCAGCUGCUUGUUUUGUGAUGUUGAUGACAAAGAAUUGCAUGACUGGCAUAUCUCAUUUUCUUCAUAAACCGUGGUUUCUAUGCGGGUAUGAGCGAUGUUACCCUGAAACCAAAUCAGAUUUGAAAAAAUAAUACUUUGAAAAUUUGUUCAGGCUAAAAACGAACAUUUCUUAAGAUUAUCGAGGCUGGAAAAUGUUUAUAGUAUUCUUAUGAAAAUAUGUGUAUACACUUUUUUAUAAGAACACUUGGCUCCAGAACACCUGGUGCUUCUUACUUGUUCAUAUAAAUUUAGCCUAUCUCUUGUGUUUUGUUGAAUUUCAGCUUGCCUUGUUUGUUAUGGUGUCCUUAAUUUUCAGGCAAAUCUCAGCCUGAUUUUUUUUAUAAGAGUUGUUCUCUGUGGCUAUUUUCAUAGAAUACGACGAAGGCUUUAUUUUACUUGUUUAUAAAAAUUAUUUUAUGGGUGACUAAAUUACCUAGAAUUGAUGGAUGAAACAAGUAAACAACUCAUAUUUAUGGGAAGUGUUAUCAUUGAAAUUGCAUACGCUUAAUUCCUACCGUCCAUUAUUAUAGACUUACUUCUGAACCAAUUUCGAAAGUUUUAAAAUGCAUGAUAUGAUAUGAAUAAAAUUACACCCCAAUUCAAUUACACGGAAAUGCUUCUUUUACAAUCACCAAUAUUGUGUUACUUGAUGUUAUUUUCACGAAAUCCCGUAACAAAGUUUUACGAGGAAGUGGAUGGAAAUGAGAUGACUGCUCAAUGGUGUCGAGAAACGGGCGCGUAUUGCAAAUAUAAUAACAUUUAAUAGUAAUAACUUCAUAGACUUGUGUGUAUUUUGUAUUGAAAAAAGACAAGAGGUUUACCGUUUGUGGCUUGGUUGACCGUUAUACAAACUUAACUGUUAUGAUUUCGAUGCAUUAGUCUAUCACUGCGGCCUAAAUCGAGAAUCUGCUCAUGAGAUUGUUUUUACACGAAUCGUUGACUGAUUGUUACGAGCAGGCCAUUUAUUUUGGUGCUGCCUUUUUCGUUCAACUUAUUCGCAGCUGGGUCCAUGAGAAAGACUGGUGUGAAUGGAAGUUAAGUAUUUAUCUUGGACCAACUCGAGAUCUGCUAAUUGACAGUUUGCAAAGCAGAGAUUGUUAUGUAGUAAAGUAUCAUUUGUAAGCUCGCCAAUAUUUGUGGCAUCGAACUAACUGCUGCUUCACUGUCAUGGAUAUAAAAUGGAAUUGGCAUCCCAUUUUGGGCCUAGUCCUGUUAACCCUGAGUUGUAUUGUGAAUGUUACCAAUGGAAUAGAAGUUCCUGUUUCAUUGCCUAAGAAUGAACUUUGGAGGAAAGUCAGAAAUGGCACUGAUGCUUCAGUUCGCAAUAAUUGGAGUCUGAAGACAGAUAAGACCGGGUUCACUGCUUGUGAAUUACAUAAUAGUUUCGUAGAUAGUUACGUUAUAACACCAUUUGUCACUACAAAUCCAGCCAAACAAAUAACCCUCAGAAUAACUUAUACUUUGAAUUGCUGUUUAGCCAAAUUGUCCAUUGGUGUCUAUGUCCUUUUGGGCUCAGGUGAAAUAUCUGCGCCAAGUGCUGAAAGCUUCAAGUACAUUUCUGCUUUAAAAAAUACCUCGUCAAUGAAUCCUUCAUCUAGAGUACAGUUUAAAUCAGUUUUUACCAUUGGAAUGGAAGGAAGGACUGGACUUUUGAUUGCUUUCAGAGAUCAAGGAAUCUGUGGAAGCCUUGAUUCAUUUCAUCUCAGUUACAUUGCAUGUCCAAGCUCAGCUGGGGAAUUAAUGGCAUUUCCACCUAGAACUGCAGCUCCAAAUAGUACAGUUUCAGUCCGAAAGGUGCUUGGACCAUGUGUUCGCAAUGCUGAUGUCCAAGUUUCAGAAGCAGCUAAUUACAUGUUUUGUUAUACAAAUGGUUCAACCAAGGUGUAUGGUGGCUGUCAUUGCAAAGCUGGAUAUGAAAUUCAGUUUUUUAACAGUUGUAAUGGUGAGUCUAUUUAAUAAGUAAGCGUAUAUACAUAUAUAACACUUUGUUUUUCAUUCAUUCCAUGCACUCAUGUUUGUUCUUAGCACAAGGCAACUACCGCGUCAUCACAAUCUCAAUAAUUUUGCUCCCGCACUAAAAAUUGGACAACAAUCAAUUGAACAUGCAAAGUAAACACAGUUACUUGGUGUUUUCUUAGGCCAUCUUUUGUGGGAAGAGCAUGAAAACAAGAUAACAUCAUCCUGUUUUGGAGCUCUUGCCAUAGUGAAAAAUUCAAAAAAAUCAUGCUACUGAAACUUGAAAAGCAAGUUGCUAAGUUGCUAAUAUUAUCCAAAUUGUCAAUGCCGUUUUUCAUUUGCUUUCAUUGAAACUACAAAAACGACUACAAAAGGUGGAAAAUGCAGCUGCAAGUUGUUUCUAGGGCGUUACAUUGAAGAAAAGGAUAUCAUAUCACUAGGCAGGAUACAUUGACAUAUCAUUGAAAGAAAACAGUAGACAUCUGAGAUCAAACUCUGCACCACAAAUUGCAACUUUAACCAAUUCUAAAAUUUUGAGGAACAGUACAGCUGAUAUUUUUAACAAGAUACCAAAGAACUUCAAAAACGAAAGCCGAAAUCUCAUCAAAAUCUAAAGAAUAUUUUCUUACUGAAGCAAUAAAGGGGCUGUUAGUUUGAUUCAGAAAGAGAAGAACAUAACUUCUAAUUCUAAUUUAUUUUUAGCCAAGUUUGUAAUAUCGCAAUUCUUACUUUUAUAAUCUUAAUUUAUUUUUAAUCACAAUUGAAAAUUCUUACUUUUUAGAUUUUAAAUCACCUUUAGUCAAAUUUAGCUAUUUCAAUAUUUUCUUUUCAGAUUAAUGUAACAUGAUAUAAGAGUCUGUUCAUGUCACUUUUGGGAUGGAAGGCACAAUGCAACGUCAAUAAUUUUCUUGACUUUCUAUCCAAGUUUUGUAAUUCUUCCUUGUUGCAUUUAAUGAUACCUGCUCCAUAUCUGAGCAAAACUACAGCCCAAGUGUUUAUUGCUUGGAACUUGUUACUUCAAUUGAGCUUCGAUUUCAAUACUAAUCUUAGUCUUUUUAGAAAUUCCUUUCUAAACUUUAUCUUCAUUUCGUCUUCCAUCACUCCACCGAUUUCCCUGAUCCCCAAGUACUUGUAGCCAUCAUUUUCAACAUUCUUCAUCAGUUCACCCACCAUCUGGCAGCAUAACUCCCUCAUGGUCUACCACGUUCCCCCUCUUCAGGAUUAAGAAACCACAUUUUUUAACACAAAACUCUAUUCCAACAUCUUGGCUAAACAAGUGUACUGUUUUCACUAAAGAAUCGAUUUGAGAAUCGCUUUUACAAUAAAGUUGCAAGUCGUCCAUACAUAGUAGGUAGUUUAUCCUCUGUUGCUUAUCUUUGAACUCAUAUGCAGCUUUUAAAUUCCUAAAUACCAGGCUUAACGGUAUAAGACAAAGCACAAACAGCAAAGGGGACAAACUAUCACCCAGAAAGAUCCCUCUUCUAAUGUGAACAUGACAUAACCUCCACAAUAUAUUAAUUCCGUUUUCAAGUGAGGCAUACUCCGACGAAUAAACUGUUCCGCUUUCCUGGUGACACCAAAUAGUUCUUAGCACUCGAUGAUUGUGGCACCAUGUCGUAUGCCUUUCUAUAAUCGAUUCAGGCCAUAGCGAAAUUGGUGUGUCUUCUCUUACAAUCUUUCAGGACCAUUUUGUCUAUUAAUAACUGAUCUUUAGUUCAUCUUCUUUCACGUUUGCAGCCUUUGUGUUCAUUAGGUAAAAUGUUGUUGCUCUCUAAGAAUGCAUACAUGCUUUCUGCGAUUAUCCCAGUCAUGAGCUUCCACAAUAACGGUAAACAUGAUAUAGGUCUAAAGUUGUCUACGGCGUUUCCCUCUGUCGGACCUUUCUGACAUAGCAUUGUUCUGCCUUCAUCCAUUCAGGCAGUUCUUCCUCUCCAUUCAAGAUUUUAUCCAUCUGUUUUGCUAUUCUUUGAUGGCACCCUGU